UACCCUUGCGUUCAGUUAGUUUGAUAGAAAAUGUGUCGUUGUUUAAGUGUGUGAAUUAUUGGGGGUAGAGUUUUGUCCGAAAUUUACCACGGGGCCGAUGGAAAUUUUACCUGGUCAAAAGGCGGCAAAACUAGUCGGGGAUUCUUCCCAGAACAGUUAAUCCAUCUUUAGUUUCCGCCAGUGUUCAAUACUCAGCGCUGGUUUAUAAAUAAAUUUACAUAAAUUUUAACGAGAUAGAGUUUACGUGGGAAAUAACAACAAAUUGGCGCAUUUUUUUAACACUAUUUGCAAAUUGAUAACACCCAACCUUGUGUGGCAGUUAAAUAUUCCAGUCAAGUGUGAGCCGUUUUUUGAAUAUUGCUUUCAGUACUAUAAAAAUUAAAUGGCUCCAAUCCGCAACUCAAACCAACAGAUCCUGACGGGCAUCCACACAGUAGCGACGAGGAGUCGCACGAUAGCGAACUCCAGCAACCAUUCGAAAGAUGUUCUCCGGGGCAAAAGGAAAGCGGACGGCUCCCCGUCCAAGGAGAAGGUCGCCAAGCGAUCCGCCUUCGGCGACGUCUCCAACGUGCUCGAGAUGGCCAAGCACAUGGAAAACGGAAAAGCCACCGUGAAAACAGUCGCCAAAAAAGUAACCGUGCAGAGUAAAGUGCUGGCUUCGGUGAAGACCGUGACGAAGCCGAGACAGAACGAGAACUUGGCGCCGCCGCCCGCGCCCGCCCACAAAAUUUUAACGAGGGCCGCCAGCAAGGUGAGCCUGCCGGCGCCUAAUCAGACCGCGGCCAAACCCAAGGACGACAAUAAGGAGAACAAGGAAAACGGACAAGGGUCCAAAAUUAAGACAAGACUGAGCAAUGAGUUCGAGAAGACUGAGGAAUCGCUGUAUAGCAGCGCCCUAGAGGACAACAGCAGCAAUGAUUCCACCUACUUCAGUGCAAAGAAACCAUCGGCCACCGGCCGUUCCAAGACGAGUAGCGAGUCCUCGAAGACCGAAUGCGAGGAAAACAGGUCGGUGCCGUCGACGCCCAGCAAUGUGUCCAUCGUGGCGAAGGAGAUGGAGGCGAAGCUCAAUCUGGGCAACCACGAGGUGCCCGAGAACGUCGAAGACUACGACAAGGAGCACUGGGACGACGUCUACCAGGUCUCCCACUACGCGAUGGACAUUUUCAAUUACUACAAGGAGCGAGAGUCUCAUUUCAAAAUCCCGGAUUACAUGGACCGCCAGGUCUGCCUGACCACCAACAUGCGUGCACUUCUAGUCGACUGGAUGGUCGAGAUCCAGGAGAGCUUCGAACUGAACCACGAGACGCUCUAUCUGGGCGUCAAGCUGGUCGACAUGUACCUGAGUCGCAUAACAGUUGGCAAGGACACGUUGCAACUCGUCGGAGCGGCCGCUAUGUUCAUCGCCAGCAAAUACGACGAAAGGAUGCCGCCGAUGAUCGAUGAUUUUUUGUACAUCUGCGACGGUGCCUACACCCGCAGAGAGCUGAUCCGCAUGGAGAUCAGCAUUUUGAAGGUCUGCCAGUUCGAUUUGGGGAUACCUAUCAGUUACAGAUUCCUCAGGAGAUAUGCCAGAGUCACUAAAAUAACGAUGCCCGUGUUAACUUUGGCCAGAUACAUUUUGGAGACUUCUUUGAUGAAUUACGCCACAGUUACGAUUCGCGACUCUAUUUUAGCUUCGGCAUCUCUUUUCUUGGCACUCAAGAUGAAGAAUAUCAGUGGUUGGACGCCGGCCCUCGAAUUCUACACAGGAUACAAAUACGAGGACAUAAAGAGUACAGUGCAAUUACUGAACAAUGGACUGCACAAACCAAUCUCGCGAAAGACCGUCACCGUCAAAAAUAAAUACUCACACAAGAUCUUUUUCGAAGUAGCCAAAACGCCCCUGAUAAGCAAUGAGAAUCUUUAAAUUUAGGCCAGUAUUUUUAGGAUAUUAAUUUUUAUAUUCACAAUUUUUAUAUAGGUUUGUCCCUUUUAUGUGGCCCCAUAUACACAAUAUUACUUAACUAUAUAGUUUAUUUGUGUAUGAUUUGUUUUACUUUUGUAUCCAAUUUUAAAAGUAAUAGAACUAUUUUUAUACCUCA